CUAAUUAUUAUUAUAAUAAUUUGAAAAAUAAUUGUAUUUGUAGAAUAAGAAGAAGAAUUAGUAGUACAAAUUACAGAUAAUAAUUCAAAGUCAAAUACAAUUACAAACCCACUUCCCUUUUCUUCUUCAACUUUUUAGAUAUAGAGAGCUUUCUCUCUUUGACUUUUUUUUUUUCUCUUUACUUUAUUUUUUAUUUUUUUCUUCUUUUUCAUAGAGAGAGAGAGAAAGAGGUUAGAGAGAGAAAGAAAGAGAGGGGAGAUGAAUGCGGCGCCACGCCAGCAACAGCAGCCUCCUCCUGGGGCUUCGGACUUGGCUACCGGAGCUGCAGAGGGAACUGUAAUGCUUAGAACUUACAAGGCUUGGAAAGGAAGCAAUAUAUUUCUUUGUGGUGGAAGGCUUGUAUUUGGACCAGAUGUAAGAUCAAUCGCGCUAACUGUGUUUCUCAUUUCCGCCCCUGUCGCCAUCUUUUGUGUCUUUGUAGCCAGGAAACUCAUUGAUGAAUUUGAAGAUCACUGGGGUGUAUCCAUUAUGGUUGCUGUUAUUGUACUGGCAGUGCUUGAUUUGUUUCUUCUGUUGUUAACCUCUGGAAGAGAUCCUGGUAUAAUACCUCGCAAUGCUCACCCACCAGAACCCGAAGAUUUUGAAGGGAGCAUUGAGACAGGAGCAGGCCAAACACCGCAGCUGCGAAUGCCACGGGUUAAGGAUGUAAUUGUCAAUGGGAUAACUGUGAAGAUUAAGUACUGUGAUACCUGCAUGCUUUACAGACCGCCUCGUUGUUCUCACUGCUCGAUAUGCAAUAAUUGUGUUGAGAAAUUCGAUCAUCACUGCCCCUGGGUUGGUCAGUGUAUUGGACUGCGGAAUUACCGUUUCUUCUUCAUGUUCAUCCUCUGUGCUACUCUUCUUUGUUUAUAUGUACAAGGAUUUUGUUGGGUUUACAUCAAGAAGAUUAUGACUGAUGAUGAUGAUGAUGAUAUGACAAUCUGGAAAGCUUUGAUCAAGACUCCUGCGUCGAUUGCGCUAAUAAUUUACUCUUUCAUUGCUUUCUGGUUUGUUGGUGGCCUUACCUUCUUUCAUUUGUAUCUCAUUAGUACAAACCAGUCAACUUAUGAGAACUUCAGAUAUCGAUACGAGAGGCGAGUCAACCCCUUUAACAAAGGAAUCUUUAAAAAUUUCUUAGAGACAUUCUGCAGCAGCAUUCCUUCAUCCAAAAACAAUUUCAGGAAAAAGAUUCCCAAGGACCCUUCUAUUCUACCUCGAAUUGUUGGGGGCUAUGAAAAUCCCAUAAUGGGGAAAGCCAUUAAUGACAUAGAAAUGGGAAGAAAACCAGUCUGGGAUGAGGGUGCAGUUCAUAAUGGUGAUUAUGAAGAAGAACAUGUCAGCAACGACGACGGCCCAGACAAGGAUCAAGCGCUGCACGACGCAGAUGUGUCACCAGAUUUAAGCAGAAACCUUCCAACAGAAAGCACAGAGCGACGAGAUGUUUCAUACUCGAGGCGUUCUAGUUGGGGAAGGAGAAGUGGAAGCUUGAACAUAUCACCUGAGAUUCUUGCUUUGGCUGCUGCUGGAGUUGGCGACUCGAGGCGUGUCACUGAAGGAAGGAAUGGAACUAGUUUUCCAUCAGAGACUGGACAAUCUCGGCCUAAUUCUUAGAUGUACAGAUAAAUUGAGAGAAGAGGGGGAAAGAGUUGGCUACUUAUAAUGCCAGUGAUGUAAAGUUUGGGAGUUGGUGUUGAUUUUUAACUGCUGUGCUGCUGAGACCAUCAAAAAUGUACAAGGCUUUGCUCUUUAUUUUUUUAAGACAUGUUCUUGGCCUUGUGCAGUUAAUUCUUUCGCAAGCAUUGGUGUGCCAUUGUAAUUGUUUUAUUUGAUAAGCUCAAGUGUUAUGGUAUCA